AUGACUUCAUCCAUCACCGCAGACCAGGCCGGACGCCUCCUCUCGUCCUUUUCCAGCUUCCUCACCGUCGCCAUCCACUCACUGCUCUUCCACCGCGCCCUCUACCCGGCGCGCAGCUUCCUCACCACGCGCGCGUACACCCUGCCCGUGCACCAGUCGCGCCACCCGGGCGUCUGCACCUGGGUCACCGAUGCGGUGGCGGCCGUCGCGGCGCAGAUCAGGAGCGGCGCCGCGCGCGCCGUCGUGCUCGCCAUCCACGCGCCCCAGUCGAUGACGGUGCUCGAGCGCUGGGUGUUUGAUCUGCAGUCCUUUCCGGCCUCGUGGGGUGAUGCCGUCGGAGAUGGCGGCCGCGGCGGCGACGGCGCGCCGGUGGUUGAUGCUCUGGGCGUCGGGCCCUCUGCAGCGUCGGGGGCCGCGGCGGCGGGAGGGCUGGCGGAGACGUCGGUCGAAGGCGAGGACGAGGUCAACUGGACAGAUGUGAAUGAGGGUCUACGGGGGGCUUUGCGCAGAAUUGCCUAUGCAGGGGAGAAGAGCCCGCCGCUGCCUGAGAAUUGCACCUUUACGCUCGCAGUCGAGCUGCGCGACGAGUCGGAGGCACCGAUUGGGCAUCCCCAGGCCUGGAUUCCAGCACAGGCAAAAGUGAACGGCGUCCCUGGGCCACGAGACAUGAAUACUGCGCCGAUUCGCUCGGUGAGAGCCGGGCCGCUCUUUUUCGAGUGCUGGCUCGAGAAAAAGACGGAGGCGCAGGAAUCACAGGAUUCAUGA